GUACAGGUCUCUUUAGCAUUAUGACGUGCUCCUCCCACCCGCAUUGACGAGGGUUGGACACCCCGCAGUGUUGUAAGGCUAGAAAAAUAAGACACAGCUCUUACUCUUCGGCAUCCCAGGAAGUAGUGGAGAAGAUAGUAGCCGGAAAGUACUGUACUGAAUUCAGUGCUGAGAGAUAGGUAUAUUAUGCAAGGUGGAAAGAGGGUGAGGAAAUGACCUGGAGAUACUUCAGGCAGGCCAGGAUAAGCAGCGACACUAGGGUAAAGCAUACUCGACCCGGAGAGUCUAGCCCCAAAAGCACCGACGGGAAACAGACAAAUUAUUGAGUGGGGAAAUCUAAAGCAGAAGACUAAAUCAUUGGGAGUUCUGUAUAUGAUGUUAAUAUCAGUUAAGGGCCAGGAACCCCUUGAAAGAGGUCAUUUCAGUAGUUCUUGGAAGAUAGAGGUGGCCUGAACUCUUUGGUUGUGGGAACCCAGAGAAGAGACAAAUAAAGGGAGUAACCCAGAGGCCCAAGUAACCAAGGUGUUUUAAAGAAAGAAGGUAUGAGAAAGGGAGGUGCAGCCUCUGGGAGUGACAGUGCUGACAAGAAGGCUCAGGGUCCUAAAGGUGGUGGCAAUGCAGUAAAGGUCAGACACAUUCUAUGUGAAAAACAUGGCAAAAUCAUGGAAGCCAUGGAAAAGUUAAAGUCUGGAAUGAGAUUCAGUGAAGUGGCCACACAGUAUAGCGAAGAUAAGGCCAGGCAAGGGGGUGACCUGGGUUGGAUGACCAGAGGGUCCAUGGUAGGACCCUUUCAAGAAGCAGCAUUUGCCUUGCCUGUAAGUGGGAUGGAUAAGCCUGUGUUUACGGACCCACCAGUUAAGACAAAAUUUGGAUAUCAUAUUAUUAUGGUUGAAGGGAGAAAAUAAAAUCACAUGAGAGACGGAA